AUGCAAUCAAUUCUACGUGGUGGUAAUCGUGUUCUUAUAUCAAGGUCAACGAAUGUUUAUACUAAUUUAGCAUUGGAACGUUAUUUAGCUGAAAAUAUUAAACAUCAACCAAAAACUCGACUUCUAUUACUUUGGCGUAAUAAACCAUGUGUUGUUAUCGGUCGAUAUCAAAAUCCUUUUAUUGAAUGUGAUAUUAAAGAUCUAGGUGAAAAACAAAUUGAUUUAGCAAGACGUUAUUCUGGUGGUGGAACAUGUUAUCAUGAUCUUGGAAAUCUCAAUAUAACAGUUUUAACAACACGUGAAGAUUAUAAUCGUAAAAAAAAUCUUCAAUGGAUUACUAGUACAGUAAACAAAGCAUUUAAUUUAACAUUAUAUGUAACUGAUCGUGAUGAUAUAUUUCUUGAUGCAUAUAAAGUAACUGGUAGUGCGUCACGUCUUGAACGUUUAUAUGCAUAUCAUCAUUUUACUCUACUUAUAAAUGCUGAUUUAAAUGAAUUACGGCGAUCAUUAAAAUCUAAUGAUCGAAGGCAUAUAACAAGUAAAGCAACAUCAAGUGUACCAUCAUCUGUAUUAAAUUUAUCAGAUCGAAAUAAUUCAAUAACAUAUGAAAAAACUAUUGAAUUAUUAAUAAAAAAUUUUUUUGAAUGGAACAAUGAGAAAAAUACUUCCAAUUAUGAUUAUAUUGAUCCAUUAUUAUAUUAUGAACAAAUAAAAAAUUUUGAAAAUGAACUUAAAUCAGAAAAAUUUCUUCAUCAAGCAACUCCACCAUUUGUUUAUACAAUUGAAUAUAAGAAACAAAAAAUAGAAAUGUUUGUAACAAAUGGAAUAAUAACUUCUAUCAAAGGAGAUGAUAUAAUUAUUGAAAAACAAAACUUAUUAGGAAAAUUAUUUCAUGUAGUUUAUGAUAAUAUUAAAAAAAUAAAUACAAAUAGUUUGUCUAAAUAA